CACGGCGGUUGCCGCGACGAGGUGUUCUCCUCUGCAAAGUUGUAUUUCCUAUUCCGACUCCUUGUGGGGCGAUGCUUCCUCUCCCCUCUAGGACCUUUAUGUCAGACUCCCCGGAUGAGGAGUCAGAGGUGGUUUCCAAGUUACUUCCCCAUCUUGGUGCUCUCUGGAAUCUGCGUCGCCCGAAACCGGAAGUGCCUCUUUGUUCCCUUCCAGUUGGAUCCCUGGUCCCGCUUGGUAGUCUUGCUUGUCUCUCAAGAAUUUGACAUGAACAGGAAGUUGUGCAUUAGUGUGUUUGUAGCCAUGCUUGCUACAGCAUCCCUCUGCAGACCUAUGUCCGAUGUUGAGUCAACCCGGCAAGAACCCCUGAGAAAGCUCCUUGCCACUUCUGGUCUGCAGAGGCGAGACCUCCUAGCAUCUUUGUCCCAUGACCAGAGGCACAUGAUGUCCCAACUUCUCCCACAGCUGUAUGCAGAACUUUCCAACUCAGAAGAUCACCUCCAUCCCAUGCAUGACCGAGACUACAACGGCUGGAUGGACUUUGGUCGCAGAAGCUCAGAAAAUCCAGCCCUAGAUUCCUAAAGCAAUAAUGCACCCAAUUUUAAUACACAAUUUUACCACCCCUCUCCCUUAAAUUUGACACUCUCUUGGGCAAAACAGUGCUUGGAUGUUAUUCAAUUACAUGGUGUUAUCUCCUUGUAUGAUGUAUGAGAUUUGUACACUCCCCAGCAGGAAAAAAAAGGAUAAAGACUCAAAAUUGCCAAAUAUUCAUUUUAAAAGAACAUUUGUGUCUAGUUAUUGUCAACUUAAAUUUUUCUGUUGCUUUAGAAUAAAAUAUUCUAAUAAAAUAAACACAA